UACAUGUUAUUCGUCUAAGAAGUUGAAUUAGCUGAAAUCCCAUUUCGCACCUAACCCAAUUGUCAAAGUUUGAAUCUUUUUCAACCCCACAAAUGCAAUUUCUUCUUUUCUCAUUUUCCCACUUUCGAUUUUCAAACCCCAAUUGGGGAAAAUGCUCCUUUUUCAAUUUCUUUUCUCAUUGACGGAGAAAUUUCAGACACCCUUUUGAGUUUUACAAGUGGGUAUAAAUUUUCUCGGCUUGAUUAACAAGUUCCUUCUCUCUCUUUUUCUGCUGUCAAGGUUUACUUUGGUGUAUUUAAUUGAUUUAAAAGUAAGUUAAAACAUUUGGAAGUAAAGGACAAUUCUUGCUUUCUUUUUUAUAUAUUAUUAUCAGCAAUGGUGUGAUUUUGUUGAUAAGAGAUAUUAGUUGCAGAGAGAGAGAGAGAGAGAGAGAGAGAGAUGGUGGUGAGAAAAGUGGGUAAGUAUGAGAUUGGGAGGACGAUCGGUGAGGGGACUUUUGCUAAGGUUAAGUUUGCACAGAAUACUGAGACGGGUGAGAGUGUCGCCAUGAAAGUUCUGGAUCGAAGUACCAUCAUCAAACACAAGAUGGUCGACCAGAUUAAGAGGGAGAUAUCAGUAAUGAAGCUCGUCAGGCAUCCUCAUGUUGUUCGUUUAUUCGAGGUUUUGGCAAGCCGAACUAAGAUUUAUAUUAUCUUGGAGUACGUUACAGGUGGUGAACUGUUUGAUAAAAUAGCUCAGCUAGGACGUCUUAGUGAAGCUGAAUCUAGGAGAUACUUUCAACAACUUAUUGAUGGUGUUGAUUAUUGCCACAGUAAAGGGGUUUAUCACAGGGACCUAAAGCCUGAAAAUCUUUUACUUGAUUCUCAAGGAAAUUUGAAGAUUUCAGAUUUCGGUUUAAGUGCUUUGCCCGAACAAGGUGUUAGUCUCCUUCGAACAACCUGCGGUACUCCAAAUUAUGUAGCACCUGAAGUACUCGGUCACAAGGGAUAUGAUGGUGCUGUAGCAGAUGUUUGGUCAUGUGGAGUCAUCCUUUAUGUUCUGAUGGCAGGAUACCUUCCAUUUGAUGAGCUUGAUCUCACCACUCUUUACAGUAAGAUUGAGAGGUCAGAGUUUUCAUGCCCAACAUGGUUUCCGGUUGGGGCAAAAUCCUUGAUAUAUAAAAUUUUAGACCCAAAUCCUGUUACUCGUAUCACGAUUCAACAGAUCAGAGAUGAUGAGUGGUUUAAGAAGAAUUAUGUUCCUGUUAGACCUUUUGAAUAUGAAGAUGUAAACCUGGAUGAUGUGAAUACUUUUUUUGAUGAUCCUCCUGAGGAAGAAAUGGCAACUGAGCAAUGUCGAAAUGAGGACAUGGGUCCUUUGAUUCUCAAUGCAUUCGACUUAAUAAUUUUAUCUCAAGGAUUAAACCUUGCAACACUGUUUGAUCGUGGCCAGGAAUCUAUGAGGUAUCAAACACGCUUUGUUUCACAAAAGCCAGCAAAGGUUGUUUUAUCCAGCAUGGAAGUUGUUGCACAAUCAAUGGGUUUCAAGACUCACAUUCGAAAUUUUAAGAUGAGAGUGGAAGGUUCAACAACAGAUAAGAAUUCUCAGUUCUCUGUUAUACUGGAAAUAUUUGAAGUUGCUCCCUCAUUUUUUAUGGUGGACAUUCAGAAAGCAGCCGGAGAUGCUAGUGAGUAUCUCAAGUUUUACAAGAGCUUUUGUGGCAAUCUUGACGAUAUCAUCUGGAAACCACCUAACGAAUCAAGCAAAUCAAGGUUCUCUAAAAGCAAAAGUAAGAGGCGAUGAUUUUGUUACUCGAAAAAUUGUUUACUAAAGUAAAAGUUGUGUGUUUAUUAUACCUUCAAUGAUGCUGUCAAAGUAAGGUGGUUCCAAACCCAUCAUGAGCUCUCUGUUCUGAUGAGAAUCCUAAGAAGAGAGGCCUAGCAAGAAAGUAUUAGUUGAACAUCAUAUGUUUUCCUUUUUGUAUUAGUUUUGUGUAAAAUUUUGUUCAUCUUAUUACUCCAUUAAUGUCAUUACACUUUGUAAGAGUUUGUAAAAGAAUACAAGUGGUGUUUAUCAGGUUGAAGAAAUUUUAUAGCAGUUGAAACUUAUUCUAAGA